CCCUGAUGUGAUUGGUUGAGAGGGCGGGACUUCCGACAGCGCAGGUUGGACAUAAAGUGACAGACUUCACCUCCUUAAAAUUGGAAGAAAAACCGAAGGACGACGCGUUACAAGUUUUUAAACAAUUGUAAUGGUUUUCAGACAUGGACGACAUAAACCUUCACUAUCGCUUUCUGAACUGGCGGAGGCGAAUCCGAGAAAUUCGUGAGGUGCGAGCGGUGCGAUACAGGGAGCGGCUCAAAAGGAUGCUGAGAGACGGAGACAUACUCAGGUAUCACGGGAAUUCAGAUGAAGUCGGCUGUUUUGUGGCGGCCAGGCCAUUGUCAAGACGAAAUCGCUAUUUUGAAGUGACCAUCGUCGAUACAGGAGUGAGGGGGAUGAUUGCUGUUGGUUUGGUGCCUCAGCUCUACAAACUGGACCAUCAGCCGGGCUGGCUCCCACAUUCUGUAGCUUUUCAUGCCGACGAUGGCAAGCUAUAUAAUGGCAACACUGUGGGACAGCAGUUCGGUCCAAAAUGCUGCAGAGGUGACAGAGUCGGUUGUGGAAUAUCCCUGGAUGCAGAUGAUGGACAGUUGACAGUGUUUUUUACCAAGAAUGGUAAAGAAGUCGGCAGUGUGGAAAUCCCAGCAUCUCCUGAAGCUCUCUACCCUGCUGUGGGAAUGCACUCACUGGGGGAGGAAGUUCUGCUGGACCUGAACGCUGAGUGGGGGAUGGAGGAGGAUGACGGACAGAUGAUUGUGGACAGUCAUGAAGAGGACUGGGGCCGUCUCCAUGACGUCAAGGUUACUGGCACGCUGCUGGAGUACGUGGGAAAAGGGAAGAGCAUUGUGGACGUGGGCUUGGCUCAGGCCCGUCGACCUCUCAACACACGCUUCCACUACUAUGAACUGGAGAUCACAGAUGCUGGAGAGAAGUGUUACAUCGCCCUGGGGCUGGCACGCAGGGACUACCCUAAAAACAGACAUCCAGGUUGGAGCAGAGGAUCCAUAGCUUAUCAUGCAGAUGAUGGAAAGUUGUUCCAGGGCAGUGGGGUUGGGGAUGCAUUUGGUCCACGCUGUUUUGAAGGGGACAUCAUGGGCUGUGGAAUCAUGUUUCCACGUGACUUUAACCCUGAUGGUGGAGAUGAUGUCGAUGACUGGGACCUUGACGUGUUUCCCAAGCCCAGUGAGGUUCAGAAUGACUUGUAUGCAAACAAUGAAGAUGAGGAGGAGGAUGGGGGAGAGGAUUUAGAGGGGAGGAAGGUGAUGGUGUUCUUCACCCGAAAUGGAAAGGUGGUAGGCCGGAGGGAAGUGGCCUUACCGGUAGGAGGCUUCUUCCCCACUAUUGGCAUGAUGAGUACUGGGGAGAAGGUCAGAGUGGACCUGCACCCCCUCAGUGGCUGAGGGGAGUGGAGGGAAUGAAAAACAGAGUGAGGACAAAUGGUUGAGCUCUGCUACAUUUUGGAGAUUGGACAAUAAUAGUUAUACCUCCACAUCAACAGGCUCCAAGGUGUUACUUGAAAAAUUCACUCCAGUGUAGGAGGUCACUGUGGCUCCUUAGUGCUGUAAGAAUGAUUUAACAUGCUGGCAGAACAUUUUUAUCAAGAAUUAUCAAAAUAAUGUAUGCUAAUAUUACAUGUGUGCCUAAAAGAAAUUGCUUUAUAAUGAAAUGGUUUUAUACUGUAAGAAAUUGUUUAACCAGUCUGGGGUUUUAAAGGGUAAAACACUAUUUUUGACAAUUUAAUCACACUCUGUAAAGUUAAUAAAAUGCCAAAAAAGGGUCUCACCAGAAUAAUGAAUGUAAAAACUCAGAUAGAGCAGGGCCCAUGCUAAUAAAUGGACCCCAUUUGUCCUCAUAAGAGGAACAUUAUCAGCAAUAAUAUGCGUCAGCAGAUCUGUAGCACCACUCUCACAGCCUGCGGCCAUACUGUGCUCAUUACCAGAGGUCUGCUGUAUUUCCUCCUGUUGGUGGUGCAUUACUGACACUCAGUGGUGAGAGUGGUAAGUCUGGAAAAGGCAUGUUCAGAAAGUCUUCCAAAGAAACAGUAGUGCACUGAAUGAACAGUGAGUUUAUGCUCAGUAAAACUAGCUGCUUUAUCGCUGUGGUUGUGUACGAGUGUGGGUGCUUGUUCUGACAUGGAGUCAUUCCACAGAGUUGUUACUGCAUAUUUAACAAAUGUGCAAGCCACAUGCAAUUGGGAUUUAUGGGAUAAUUAAGUGUAAUAACAAUUUGUUGAAAUUAAAUCCAAACCAUCUUUAUGACCAUUAAUUGUUAUUUUGGAAUGAGCAGUUUUAAAAAGCAAAAUUCCAACUCAAGGUUGGUUUGACGAUCAUGACUAGUUUGUUGGACUUCUUUUUUAAAUCAGGUGUGAUUUUACUAUAGUUGUUAAAGAUGAUGUACUGUCAAAUAUUUGUGAUAAAUAUCUGCAUCUAAAAGAUGUUACAGCAAAACCAAAACGAUGUCAGAGGAAGAAUACCAAACUGACAUUUCUUGUUUUGCCACCUGUAAUUUGCUCUGCAUGUUUUUGCCACUACAGAGAUGCUUGGUGUCCAAGUGUAACUAAAGCUUCACAUGUUCUCUGAGUUUGCAUCUGAUGAUUGAGCUUACACAGAAGCAAGCAAACUAAAAUACCUCAUCUCCAGUAAAUGAUGCCAAACUUAUUGGUUUUGUUUUUUUCUGUGUAAGAAACCAGACCAUAAGGUUUUGUUUUGUUUUUUUUUUGACAAAUUGAACAUUACAGAAGAAGACACUGAUAGUUAGUCUGGUGUUAAAUGUAUCUCCUGCAGAUCAUUAAGAUAUUUUGGAUGAAAUGGACACCAAUUGUCUCAAAAAGGGGAAAAUCAUGAGGAUCAGUUUUCAAUAGUACGAAACCCUGUCAGGACAACACAAAUUAAUGGCUACACAUGAUAUAGUAGUAGAUUUCUGAUUAGUUCAGCAUUUGAAUAUUUUAUUAAAUGUCUGAAUGUUGAAAAUGAAGCCAUAAAUUAAGAUUUGCUGCUCUCAGGUAUUUGAAAAUCAAAAUUACCUUGUCUUUUCUAAGAUUAUUUUUGCGUUCUUGUUGUAUGUUGAAUUCAGCCAUUGUUUGCCACAAACUGUUAUUUACCUGUAAUGCUUUUUUUUUUUUUUUUUUAAUUGUGUUUGUUUAUUUGGCUGCAAUCCCAGUUACUAUUUUCCUCUUUAAUUUGAGAAAAAGUAGUAGACUGACAGUUUCCCCAUCAAUUCAAACAACACUUGAAGUAGGUUUCUCUGCUGAUCUGUGUGUUGCAAGUUGUGAGUUGAUACAAAAAUAACAACAGGCAAUCGCUGGCAACAACUGCAACUUGUAAAGGGUUUUAAAGUUUAGCUGUAAUGCUCUUUAUUGAUGUUUCUUUUCCUUUUUUUUUAACGGUUGCCAUUGUGCACCUCAUCUAUAUACUAAGUACACUUUAGAAUAUAGAUUUGUCGAACUUUGGGUGUCUAAUACAGCCAGACGUCAUGAGCAAAGAACCUGUGUGAGAAAAAUUCAGUCUGGACUUUUGUUAAAUACACCUGGUAGUGGGAUUUAUGUUGGUGAUGGAGAUGAUGGACAUUGAUUAAUGAUGACUCUGAAGUUUGUGAAACCGCACUCACACUGCAAACCUCCUCAUCGUAAAGGUGUCUCAUAUCCGUAUUCUGUGCAGGUCACUGAAAAGAUCUAAAAACACCACAUUACAUUAACCCAGACUCUUGCUGGAAUAUUCAUCUGAAUAAGGAUUGUUUGAUUCCCCUGUGAUCUGUUAAUCAUCAUCUUAGCUCACAGGAGCUGACAGUGGUCCUCUGCUGCUGUUGUCUCCAGCAUACUGCUCAUUUCUAGCCCUUCUUUGCAUGAAUCAAGUUAAACAUAAUCACGGUUAUAUUUCAGUCUUUCCCAAUCCUGCCCUGGAAUACACCAUGUCUUAUAUGUUUUUGUCUCGUCUUGACUUUUCUCUCAUCCAUUCUGUCUCUCAAAGCAAUCAGAUAAACCAAAAAUGCCAAAAAUAAUUAAAAAGAAUAUUCACGACCAGUGCA